CAAUUGAUUCGUACACGCGUUUUAUCGCCAACGUCUGUUAUUGAUAGAAGCCUGAUAAAUACGCGUAGACAAGCGCGCGCAGCGCAUUACUCAACAACCAUACCCAGUUGUCAACAUGAAUGGUACAGAUGGAACUAAAGCUUCGAUUUCUUGUGAUAGUAACAGUGCGCCAUAUACACUGGCCUCUACGAUCUCCCAGGCGAGUUUCGUUAUUUUUAUUCUAAUUCUUGAUGUUUGCGGAAAUUGCUUAGUGAUCGGUGCUAUUUUACAUUAUCGGCGGCUUCGCACGGUUACAAACUAUUUCAUCAUCUCUUUGGCUGUGUCAGAUGUUCUCAUCGCCGCUCUUUCCAUGCCGUUUCGCAUUCACCACACACUGAACUAUAUGUGCUGGGAUCUAGGUCAGAUUCUUUGUGAAGUUUGGGUGUUCGUGGACCUACUGUGUUCCUGCGCGUCCAUAACAAACCUAAGCCUUAUCUCGAUCGACCGAUUCUUAGCGCUAAGUUUCCCACUGAGCUACAGGAGUAUUAUGACGAAAAGUAGAGGAUUUGCCGCCAUUACCUUCGUCUGGGGUUACUCUGGCCUCAUAGCAGCUUUAUCUUUCACGGGUUGGUCCCCCGACGCAGAAACGAUUUCUUCGAAUGAGUGCAAGAAAUCGGAUCCUUAUUAUUAUUUGUUCGCCAUAACUGCUGGUUUUUUCCUGCCUUUAACCAUUCUCGUUAUCAACUACUCAAUGGUUUUCAAGGUCGCCUUCACACAGGCUAAAAAACUGCAGCUGUUAAAAUCAGCGAGUGCGAUGGAGCCUGGCGAGAUAUCUGAGGCGGACAUUCGAAAGGACGCGCGCCAAAGCAUCGUAAAUAUUGGACGGACGGAGCGUAAACGUCGAAAAUCAAUCGUACGCGAACUGAAAGCCACUAAGACUCUCGCUAUCGUCAUCGGAACUUUCAUCGUUUGUUGGUUACCCUUCUUCAUUAUAAUGUUUAUAGUACAAUUUUGCGAGGACUGCUUGCUUAAGAUUCCUGAGAAAGGACAACAAUUUGUGGCGAUCGUUUUCGUUUACGUAUUACCUUUGCUGAACUCGGCCGUAAAUCCAAUUAUUUACUCGAGCUUUAACAGCGAUUUUAGAAAAUCUUUCAAGGAUAUUUUCCUUCGCAUUUGUGUCAUCCGAGGACGGGACAGUUACACGCAUAGAUCGACUUCAGGCGAUGAAGAUGUGUCUGUAGUGACAUUUUUUACCAGCAGAUUUGGUAAUGAAACAACCCCACAGAUUGUUAUUCAGGAGGCAAACUCGGCUUCAGAAGAGGGAGAUUCAGUGUAAUUAGAAUUCGGAAAUCUUAAAAGAGAAGUGAUACAACAUUCAAUAAGAAAAUUGCAUGGAACCCUAAAUAAGCUUCUAUCAUUUAACAUCGAGACGCUAAUAAAUUGUUUUCUGCAUGAUUUUUCUUUGUUUAUGUGGUACACGCGCCAAAAGAAUGAAGUUUGCUUUUUCCUUGUCGCUCUCGCAGCGACAAAGCACUAUUGUAAUGAAUUGAGGAAAUGCUGCUUUGGUGACACGUCCAAGUGUCAUUAUAACGAAAGAACUCUCAAGUAAAUUGAAAUGUUAGCGAAUUUAGCUUUGUACCUCUCCUAAGCAUUUUUGCUUUUCAAAUUCAACGGGUAGGAAACAUUUUUUUAAUGAAAACGAUUUUCAGGAA